AUGCCAUCCGUCAAUCCUUCCGUGGUCCUCAGAAAGAAGCACGACAUUGUCUAUGAAGAUAGACCGGUGCCUAAACUACAAGAUCCCCAUUUUGUGAGAAUCGCCAUCAAGAAAACUGGGAUUUGCGGGUCCGAUGUCCAUUACGUCCAGCAUGGUGAAACUGGACCAUUCGUGGUCAAAUCCCCAAUGGUCUUGGGUCAUGAAUCUUCUGGGGUGAUUGUGGAAGUUGGUUCAGCCGUGACUAAUGUCAAGGUUGGCGACAGAGUGGCGGUGGAACCUGGGUACCCAUCACGUUAUUCUAAAGAAACCAUGAGAGGUCUUUACAACUUGUGCCCACACAUGGCCUUUGCCGCUACUCCUCCUUACGAUGGUACGUUGGCAAGAUACUUUACAGUCCCAGAAGAUUUUGUCUACCCUUUGCCUGACACCGUUUCCUUUGAAGACGGUGCGCUCUGUGAACCUUUGGCAGUUGCUGUCCACGCUAACAAAUUGGGAAACACCACUUUCGGGUCGUCAGUGUACGUGUUUGGUGCUGGUCCAAUUGGUUUGUUGAUCACUGCCACCGCCAAGGCGUACGGUGCUACUGAUAUCUUGGUGAUUGAUUUGUUUGACGACAAGUUAGAAAUGGCGAAAAAAUUGGGGGCCACCGCGGUGUAUAACUCGAGCAACGACAAAGGAGUUGCUCCAGCAGAAAUCGUCAAGAAAUUGCACCAGACCUAUUUUGUUCCCCAAGUUGUUUUGGAGGCUACUGGUGCUCCUCCAUGUAUCCAAGUCGGGGUGGCUGCUACUGGGAAUGCUGGGACUUAUGUCCAAGUGGGAAUGAGCGGGAACGAAGUCAAUGGGUUCCCAAUUGGUGCCAUUGGUGUGACAGAAGCGGUGGUUAAAGGAUCGUUCAGAUAUAAUUUCGGCGAUUACGAAGAUGCCGUGAAGUUGUUGGCCAACGGCAAAGUCGACGGCAGCUUGUUGAUCACCCACAGAUUUACCUUCAAAGAGGCCAUCAAAGCUUACGACUUUGCUGCCACUGGUAAAGCUAUCAAGAUUAUGAUUGAUGGUCCAACCGACGAGGACUAA